CGCACUCCACAGAAGGAGGACAAAGUCUCGCUUCUUUCGCUCACCAAUUUGCCCAUCAACCUCAAACGCUCGCCAAAUGGCUUUCAAGCUCAUUGCUCUGGUUUCCUGCUGCCUGGCAGCUGUGUCCGCGGGACUGAUCCCUGUGGAGCAACACGAACAGCAGCCCCAGCUGUACCAGGCCCACCAGCCGCAGCAUGUGAUCUACCAGAAGCAGCACGAGAUCCAUCCCCAUGGCCACGAGGUGUACCCCGAUGAUCCUCAUCCCAAGUACAACUUCGCCUACGACGUGCAGGAUGCUCUGUCCGGAGACUCGAAGAGCCAGGUGGAGUCCAGGGAUGGUGAUGUGGUGCAGGGCGAGUACUCCCUGGAUGAUGCCGAUGGUUUCCGCCGCACAGUGAAGUACACUGCUGACUCCGUCAACGGUUUCAAUGCCGUGGUGCACCGCGAACCCCUGGCCCAUGUGCACCACAAGGUUGUGGCUGCUGCUCCGGCUGUGCCUGUUCAGUACCACCACGCCCCAGCCACUCCUGUGAUCAAGAGCUAUGCUGCCCCUGCUCCCACCUACGUGGCCCCCACCUACGCUGCUCCUGCCUACACCGCCCCUGCUUACACUGCACCUGCCUACACCACCCACCAGGCUGAACAGCCCCAGGAGCAGGACCACCAGCAGCACCACUACGCCAGCUACGAGUCUCCCGCCCACUCUCAGGCCGCCCACGAGGGUCAUGAGUACUACCACCACCAGUAAGGGGUUUCUGGCCACAGAUCACCUGACAAGCGAAAGUAUUAUCCCGCAUGCAUCCCAUUACGUGAACUCAUUUAGCCCAUUAACCUAGUUCCGUUGAUUAGUUUUAACCUCAAUGUAAAUACUUGCAAUAAAACUAUCGAAUAUCUAUAUAAA